CACCCCGUAAUCUCCCUGUGCUGUGCCUGGGGAGACUCGAGCGGCGUUUGUCGGUCUGCGGGCUCGGCGGCUCUUCCCGUGGAAAAUGAAGUUGAGCCGCCAGUUCACCGUGUUCGGCAGCGCGAUCUUUUGCGUGGUCAUCUUCUCCCUGUACCUGAUGCUGGACCGAGGCCACUUCGACCACCCCAAGAACCCACGGCGGGAGGGCGCCUUCCAGCAGGCCCAGCUUUCAAUAUUGCAAGAAAAAAUAGACCAUUUAGAACGUUUGCUGGCAGAAAAUAAUGAAAUAAUUUCAAACAUUAGAGACUCUGUCAUCAAUUUGAGUGAAUCUGUGAAGGAUGAUCAGAAAAGCCCACAAAGUAAUAAUAAUGUCAGUCAAGGAUCCAUCUCUGAUCUUAUGCCAUCUGUUCUAACACCUUUCCUGAAUGAACCUGAAGACUGUUCAUUUGCUUCAGAAAGUGGAAAUCAGAAUUCAGAUGUACAGAUGUUGAAUGUUUAUAGCCUUCUUCCAUUUGACAAUCCAGAUGGAGGAGUUUGGAAGCAAGGAUUUGACAUUACAUAUGAAAAUAAUGAAUGGGACAGUGAGCCUCUUCAAGUAUUUGUUGUGCCUCAUUCGCAUAAUGAUCCAGGUUGGCUAAAGACUUUCAAUGACUACUUUAGAGACCAGACCCAGCAUAUUCUUAAUAACAUGGUGGUAAAGCUGAAUGAAGACAGAAGGAGAAAAUUUAUGUGGUCUGAAAUCUCUUAUUUUUCAAAAUGGUGGGAUGGAAUAGAUAUUCAGAAGAAGGAUGCUGUUAAGAGUUUAAUUGCAAAUGGACAGCUCGAAAUUGUGACAGGUGGAUGGGUCAUGCCUGAUGAAGCAUCUGCACAUUACUUUGCAUUAAUUGAUCAACUUAUUGAAGGACAUCAAUGGCUAGAAAGAAACCUAGGAGUGAAACCUAGGUCAGGCUGGGCUGUUGAUCCAUUUGGACAUUCACCAACAAUGGCAUAUCUUCUGAAACGCACUGGAUUUUCCAGUAUGCUUAUCCAGAGAGUUCAUUAUUCAGUUAAAAAGUACUUUGCAACCACAAAGUCACUAGAAUUUUAUUGGAGACAAAAUUGGGAUUUGGGAUCUAGUACAGAUAUAUUUUGCCAUAUGAUGCCAUUUUAUAGUUAUGAUGUCCCUCACACUUGUGGGCCUGAUCCUAAAAUAUGUUGCCAGUUUGAUUUUAAACGACUUCCUGGAGGUAGAAUCAGCUGUCCCUGGAGAGUGCCUCCAGAAGCAAUACAUCAAGGAAAUGUCAAUCACAGGGCACGGAUGUUGUUAGACCAGUACAGAAAGAAGUCAAAACUUUUCCGUACUAAAGUGCUCUUGGCUCCUCUAGGAGAUGAUUUCCGUUAUAGUGAAAGCUCAGAAUGGGAUCAGCAGUACCAGAAUUACCAGAGAAUUUUUGAUUAUUUGAAUUCUCAGCCUGAAUUACAUGUCAAGAUUCAAUUUGGCACUUUAUCCGAUUAUUUUGAUGCCUUGCAUAAAGUAGAUACAAAACACCAAAAAACUACUAAAUCAUUAUUUCCCGUUCUGAGUGGAGAUUUCUUCACAUAUGCUGACAGAGAUGAUCAUUAUUGGAGUGGAUAUUUUACAUCAAGACCCUUCUAUAAACGAAUGGAUAGAAUAAUGGAGUCUUACUUAAGGGCUGCUGAGAUUCUUUAUUCUUUUGCACGAAUACAAGCUCAGAAAUAUAAGAAGACAAGUUUGUUCCCUUCGUCAUCAUAUUAUCAAUUACUGACAGAAGCCAGAAGGAAUCUUGGACUUUUUCAACAUCAUGAUGCCAUUACAGGAACUGCUAAAGAUUGGGUGGUUGUGGAUUACGGCACUAGACUUUUCCAUUCCAUAAUGAACUUGAAGACGAUAAUCAGAGAUUCUGCUCAUAUUCUCAUUCUGAAGGACAAAGAUGCCUACAGCUUUAACCCAUCCAUCCCCUUCCUACAGAUGGAGAGUGAACAACAAUCACAAGAUAGUCUGCCACGAAAAACUGUCAUAAAGCUGAGUAUGCAGCCAAGGUACCUUGUGAUCUAUAAUCCUUAUGAACAAGAGCGUCACUCUGUGGUUUCAGUCUAUGUGAGUUCAUCAAAAGUUAAACUCCUCACAGAUUCAGGAAAACCUGUCUUAAUUCAAAUUAGUGCUGUUUGGGAGGGACCCAAUACAAUUUCAAAUGAGGCAUAUCAGAUUUCCUUUGUAGCCCAUCUGCUGCCGUUAAGUAUGAAAAUAUACCAGCUUUCGGAAUCAGAGGACUCAGAGUUACACAUAGCUACUUAUACGAUCUAUAAUAUGGAAGCAAGUUCUGGAACAAUUUUCAAGAUAAAAGAAAUGAAAUUCAAUACAGAUGACAUAACUAUAGAGAACUCAUAUAUAAAACUUGAUUUUAGUGGAUCUGGAUUAAUGGAGAAAAUGACUAAUAAAGAGGAUGGUAAAAUCCAUGAAGUCAAAGUGGAAUUUACAUGGUAUGGAACCAGAAAUGGUAGAGACAAGAGUGGUGCUUAUCUUUUCUUACCUGAUGGAGAAGCCAAGCCCUACAUUUCUGCUGAUCCACCUUUUAUCAGAGUGACACGUGGAAGGAUUUAUUCAGAAGUUACAUGUCUCUUUCCUAAUUUGAAACACAACGUGCGACUUUAUAAUGUGCAGGGAAUAGAAGGCCAAUCUGUGGAAGUUGCCAAUAUUUUGGACAUCAGAGGAGAAUAUAACCGUGAGAUUGCAAUGAGAAUUUCUUCUGACCUAAACAGUCAAAAAAGAUUUUAUACUGACCUAAAUGGAUAUCAGAUACAGCCUAGACUAACAAUGAGCAAAUUACCUCUUCAAGCAAAUAUCUACCCAAUGACAACAAUGGCUUAUAUCCAAGAUGAUGGGUUUCGUUUGACACUUCUUUCUGCCCAGUCUUUAGGUGUUGCAAGUUUGAAAAAUGGACAGAUUGAAGUAGUCAUGGAUCGUCGACUCAUGCAAGAUGAUUAUCGUGGGCUUGGACAAGGUGUACAAGAUAACAAGAUUACAGCUAAUUUAUUUCGAAUUCUAUUAGAAAAAAGGAAUGGAAUUAACAUGAAAGAAGAAAAGAAGUCAGUCAGUUAUCCCUCACUUCUUAGCCACAUAACAUCUUCUUUCUUAAAUCAUCCAGUCAUUACAAUGACUAUAAAUCCAGACAUAAAUAUUCCUCACCUCCUGAAUGGAUUUUCUCCACUUGUAUCAUCCAUGCCUUGUGACAUUCACUUAGUUAAUCUAAGGACAAUACAAUCAAAGGAAGACAGUGGACCAUUAGAUGAGGCCGCCUUAAUACUUCAUAGAAAGGGAUUUGAUUGUAGAUUUUCUAACAGAAGUGGACUACUUUGCUCACUUACUCAGGGAAAGAUGUUGGUACACAAGCUAUUUAAUGAAUUUACUGUUCAAAGUCUUAUACCAUCAUCAUUAUCUUUGAUGCAUUCACCUCCGGAUAGCAGAAAUACAAGUGAUAUCAACAUGAGUCCCAUGGAAAUCAGUACAUUCCGAAUCCAUUUGAGAUGAACUUGGCUUUCAGUUUUGGAUUGUGAAGAAAUAGCUUUUGUAUUUUCUUGAUUUAACGUGCAAUAAAGAAGCACAUUGUUAUUCCAGCUUCUGGAUACUGUGAGAACAUGAAUUCUGUGAUUUUCUUUUAACCAAGUUUUUUUUUCCCCUACAAAAGCCAUGUUCUUAACAAUUUUUUAGUUCUUUAUCAUGAAACACCACUGUCAGUAUAAAUUAAUGCAACAAAAGAAGAAAUAUCUAAGGAUGUUAAUGUAUCAACAACAGAUUUAGUCUCAGGUUAAAUGCUAAUUUUGUCUUUGUUGGGGUUGUGAGAUGGUUAUUAAAGUAUUUGCUGAUCCUUGAUCAAUUUCUAUUAAAAUUAUGAUGGUUAAUAUCUCAUUUCAGUAUUUAAGUGAAAUGAGAUAAACAGCUGUUGGGUAAUAGCUAAUGGCCAAAUAGUUGCAAUAAUGCAUACAGGUUACAAAUUUUUUUAUCUUAUUUUGUACUGUGGAGAGGUGAAUUCUGUGGUGAAGUGCAAUCCAGGAGCCUUUGUGAUAUGAAUGAUUAACUUUCAUACCUUCCUCUAAUUUACUUCUUGUUUUGCAUCCUCCCUUAUCCAUCCUUCCCUUACCAUCACCCCAGGCUGCCAGUAUGUAGUAUUAAAAAAAAAAAAAAAAAAAAGACAUUUUCAUUACUUGACAAAGUGGGAUAGGUGCAAUUUAUUCCAUUGUCACUUAAAAAAGCAAGAAGUAAUUCCCUGGGUACCAUAAACCUGUUUGGGGUACCAUAAGGUAUCUUUUUAGAUAGCCCAUUGGAACAUUAAUGUUCUGAGAUGGGUUUUUCUAUAUCAAGAUUACCAUAUCAAGAUAUAAAUGUGCCUUAUUUUUUUAUAUGUCUCAUUAAAUCUUUUGGUGUCCAUAUUACUGUUCUGGGGUUGGGGGUGAGGGGGUGGUUAGUUUAUAUGAUACUUAAAUUGUGUAAUUUUUCUUGACAAUGCUGGCCACACUCUGAUCUGUGUUGUCCCACUAACCUUGUGCUGAUGUUAUUUUAAACAUUUAGACUUUUUGAAUGUACUAAGAUGUAAGAAAGAAACACCAGGAAGAUAAAACACUGUUAAUCAAAAUACACUGCUGCCAAGGAAACUGCAAACUGAUGUAAAGAUUUUGUAAAAAUGCAAAAUUGAGGCAUCACUAUACAUUUCAUAGAUUGUUAACCAUAUUGGAAACAUUUAUAUGAUUUUUAAAUGUCAGUGUCCGAAGUCUGAUAACAUGUGUAGAUUCUUCAUAGCUGUCAUAAUAGGAAUUAUGAGCAUUUGGCUCACCCAGUUUGAAUCUUUUUUUAAUUAUUAUUAUUACUACUAAGUUCAACAUGAGUUAGUCUCAUGUCUAUGUGCCACAGUAUGUUUGUUGUUCAUACCAUAUCAUUUAAAGGAUUUCCUUUUAAAAAAUGUUUUAAUAGUUGUCAUUAAGUAGAUUCUUGUCCAUGUGGAAUUUCAUAAAUUCCCAUUAAUUAGAAAGAAUUGAUUUGCUUAUUUUAAAUUUGCAUAAUACUUUACCUCCUGUCAUUUAUACAUUGUUAUAAAUAGUAUGAAAACGAGUUUCUUUUUCCUGUUGGGGUUUCUGUGUUGUUCUCUAGUUCUGAAUUUUCACUUAAGAUUCAGUUGGCUAAGGAGAUUAUUAAAGUUGUGUAUUCAUAAAUUUCAUUCACCUUUAAUAAACAAGCAAUGCCUUUAUAAAUAAAACAUCACAAGUGGAUAACUUCAUGCAAUAAAUAUGUACUGUAAGUUUCCUUGGUGCAGUGAUUGAAAACUUCCUGUUCGUUGAAAUCUACAGAUUUUGGAUUGCCAGUGGAAAGUUCCAAUAAAAAAGAUCCAGUAUUUUAAUUGAAUCUUAAAUGAAAAACCUUCCUAUGGGAGAUCACUGUAUUCUGUGGUAAACUGGAUAUUCAUAACCUUUCCCUAAAUUCUGAUCAGCUAUAAAGCAAAUAUUUGGACGCAAUAAAAAGUAUAUUUGCCUGUUAAAAUUAUUUUGGGUGGAUAUGUUCCAUUCCAUUCAUCAGCAUCUUGUAUCAGCUUUACUUUUGAUUACUACCAGCUGUUCAAACAUAAUGCAAAUAUAUUCUUUAACCAGCAAGUUUCUUUUCUUUUUUGAAUUCUAAACAUCUAGAACAUCAGGGAAAUUAAGAAAAUGACCUUUCUUUAAAUUGUCAUGUUACCUAGAUAUUUGAAUCUUUUCAGCUAUACAUUUAGUUGUUCAUUCAUUUAUUGCAAAUGUUCAAGAACCAUGUUUUUCAUUGCUUUAGUUUUCUCUGUUUUAUUUUUGAGAGCUACAGAGAUGAUUGAGAACCCAGGAUCCUUGUAUUAAGCAAGUGCUGAUGAAAAUAAAAUUCUGUAGAAAAAUGUGGUAAAACAUUGUAAUUACUUUCCACAUCAAUGUACCUAUACUGAAAUGUUUUUACAUUCCUUUGUUGAGAGAGAGACAGAUUGCUUUUAUCUUGCCCAUACUUUCCUUGAAACAGAUUGAAUUCAACAGGUUUUGAUAUUUUCUCUAGGAAGAUUUUAUAUCUUUUGGGGGAAAUAUAAGGUCUCUAAUAAAAAUAAUAUUAUGGUG